CUUCCGAGAAUCGCGCGCGUUCGCUACCAUGUGCUCUCGAUGACCACAUUGUUUUAUUUUUCCUGAUUCAGCACAACACCAAAUACGACGACGAGCUCGGUUUUGGUGUGUUGGUGAGAAAAUUACUCACCCCAGCCGUAGGAGUGCUGUAAAAGUUUCCCAUAAUUCGAGCGGUUGGUGAGUUUCGCUCUCAACCAGAGUGCGGAGUUCAAUAAAAUUGCUAGAAAAAAUAUGUCAGCAUCAUGAGUGAAAAAUUUUGACAAGCUCUACCAUUCCAGUCCAGUCAGUACGGUGCGUGCGUUUCAGCUUCAAUCGUGUGAUUUGCGGAUCUGUCCGGAUUUUCGUACAAUAUUGGUGCUGAUUUUUCUGCUAGACGUGGAAAUAAUGUCCAAGAUGAGAGCUCUGUGAUUGGAGUGUGCUAAUUGAGAGUAGUGGUGCUGUAAUUUGCUUUGUUCUGGUGACUGUUCGAGGAAAAAGCGUGAUCCAUGUGGAAAUUCGUGUUUGAUGAGGUGUAAAAACGAAGUGUCUCGUGGAGAAUAGUGGUCCAGGCGAUUCACAUUUUUUUGUUGAUGAGCUGAGACGAAGAACUGGUGAUCCAAGCGAGGCUUCUGGAAACAGCCUAAUGUAGUCUCGAAACCAAGCAAAAUUUAGAUUUUUCACAUCAAGGGAAAUAAUAACCAGAACACUGCAUGCCGCUGUACCUUGAAAUCAUGCAAAAUACCAGGUUCUGCGCCAAUAUGGUUUUUGUGUGAUUGACAAGUGUUGAUAAAAGCGGCGGAAUUAUCAAAUCAUCAUAAAUCUUGGAAAUCAAAAAAAAAAUCGAUUGCGUGUCACGACGUCCUUGGCCGAUAAAAUACCGUAACAGGAGAGCACCAAAUAAGCGAGAAUUUCCGGUGUAAAAUCGAUGAAAAAGUAAUUCUCAGCAACACUGGCAAACACCUCAACCAUUUGCCGUUGUCGUGACCAUCGUGAAAUGCACCAUCCACCGUACGCUGCUGCUGUGAUUGUUGGACACAAUUUUGUCAGGAGAUAGCAUACCUACACAAAAGCACCUACAUUUCGCUGAUUACAAGCAGUACUACUCGAGCGCACCGCCUUCUUCAAUAUAACGCUUCACCAGCUGUGCAGUCACAAUUACUUUAGUUUGAUUUCCCGUACGAAAAUCACGAGAGCAAAACCUCCCUGACCUCCGCUCAGUGGCGAGGUUUACGUGGUUGUGUGUCCACUACCACAAAAAGGGAUACAAAUAUGCCACUCGAAACCAGCGGUCAUCCUCCCACCCCAGCUGCUUCACCGACACCAUCGGCGAAGGAUGUUCCGGAUCAGGCCAACGGUUACCAGGAGCUGUACAGUUCGAUCCGCAGCAACAAGUCCGUCAAAUCCAAAGUUUCCGGCAACUCGUUGCGCUACAAUCGGGACAAGGAGAAACGCUAUGCGGACGGUAUGUCCACACUGGUGGAGCUCCUGACGGAGACCUCCCAGGCAUCCGUGCAUGACAUCCUGAACGAUGGUGACGAGGAUCAGAUGUUUAUUACCGGGUACGAAAAAUGCGCUAUUCGCACCUUCUUCUGCUAUAUCGGUUACUUCCUAACGUUGGGCAUUCUACGGCUGGUGAUGCACUGGUGGCAACACUGGUUGCUGCUGGCAACACACCGAAAGUGCUCGCUGGAGGUAGCCCAGAAGGUGUUGGUACACGAGCGGUAUCAGGGCAAGCACGAUGCCUAUUAUGUCAAGAGCGUCAUCACGUUGGACUCCGAUGCGGUUAGAGAACUCACCACCCCCGGUAAAAAACUCUCCCCCAAUGGAGAAAACAUCGCCAAAGAGCUACAACUAAUCGGCAUCACCGACCGGGUUGGCUUCUUCAACCAGUGCAGCCCCUUCCAGGUGGCCUUCCAUCGACGCGGAGGCAAAUUCGAACACUUCAACUCGAUUCGAUUCUUCACCUGCAAAAAACUUCGCUACAUCUGGAGCAGCGAGACGAAGCGCUUUCUGAAACUGAUGGGACUGGAUGUGGACGUGCCGAGUGUGACGCUUCAUCAUAACAAGGGACUGUCGCUGUACGAGCAGAGCAUCCGCCGGUUGGUGUACGGCAGCAACGAAAUUCUGAUCCCGCUCCGUGGAGUAUUCACGCUGCUCUUUCUGGAAGUUUUGAACCCUUUCUAUGUGUUUCAAAUUUUCUCCGUGUGCUUGUGGUUCGCUUACGAUUACUAUUAUUACGCAACGGUUAUCCUGCUAAUGAGUGCCUUCGGUAUCUCGCUAUCGAUCAUCCAAACGCAGAAAAAUCAAAAAGCUUUGUACUCGACGGUGAAGAGUAGUGACACGGCGACUGUUUUGACGGAUGAAUGUGAGCCGCAACAAACAGAGACCCGGUUUCUGGUGCCAGGCGAUGUCGUGGAGAUUCCGGCUAACGGAUGUACAAUGCAAUGCGAUGCGGUUUUGAUUUCGGGAAACUGUAUCCUUGACGAAUCGAUGCUGACCGGAGAAAGUGUACCCGUAACGAAAACUCCUCUACCCUUGAAGCGAGAGCUGUACUAUGAUAAGAAAGACCAUGCCCGACAUACUUUGUUCUGCGGGACGAAAGUGAUUCAGACGAGAUACAUUGGAAGCGAGAAAGUUUUGGUCAAAGUUAUAAACACGGGAAACAUCACCGCCAAAGGAGGUCUUAUUCGAUCGAUUCUUUACCCACCUCCGGUGGAUUAUAAAUUCGAGAAAGAUUCGUACAAAUUUAUCAUGGUAUUAGCCAUCGUCGCUGGGUGCGGUUUCAUUUACACCGUCAUAACGAAGGUGUUGCGGGGAGUAACCGCUCUCAAGAUUGUCGUUGAAUCACUGGAUCUCAUAACCAUCGCUGUGCCUCCGGCGCUUCCGGCAGCUAUGACGGUUGGACGAAUGUACGCUCAAAAGCGACUGAAAAAGAACAACAUUUAUUGCGUUUCACCAAGGGCAAUCAACGUUUCUGGUAGUAUAGAUUGUGUGUGCUUUGACAAGACGGGAACACUGACCGAAGAUGGGCUCGAUAUGUGGGGUGUUUUGCCAAUGGAUAGUACCAACCAUUUUCAGAUCCCGCUGACCCAAAUUAGCAGGUUGCCGAUGUCGGAACAGUUGCUGAGUGGAAUGGUGACGUGUCAUUCGAUAACUUUUGUAAACGGAGAAAUGCGCGGUGAUCCGCUGGAUUUGAAAAUCUUCGAAUCCACCGGUUGGAUCCUGGAAGAGGCAAACGUUUCCGAUGAGACUAAGUAUGAUCUAUUGUUUCCUACGAUCGUUAAACCUCCGCGGAGGGAUCCGGCAAAUGAUACAAACUUGGAAUUGGAUGUGGCGUAUGAUAAUUCCAACGAUAUUGGGAUAGUGCGGGAGUUUUCAUUCACCAGUGCGCUGCAGAGAAUGUCGGUUAUCACUAGGAAGCUGUCAGACAAUCAUUUCAAUGUUUACGUCAAGGGUUCACCCGAGAUGAUCAACAGUCUAUGCAAACCGGCGAGUAUUCCUGAAGACUUUACGAGUAAGCUAGGAUUCUAUGCACAGCAAGGCUACCGGAUAAUUGCAAUCGCUUACAAGUCGUUGGACAAAAAGAUGAACUACUCGAAGAUUCAGAAAGUUUCGCGGGAGAAGAUUGAAUGUGAUUUGGAAUUUUUGGGUCUCGUGAUACUGGAGAAUCGGCUUAAGGCGGACACGGAAGAAGUGAUUGAUAGUUUAAAUAAGGCCAACAUACGCUGCGUAAUGGUUACCGGGGACAACUUGCUGACAGCUGCUAGCGUGGCACAUGACUGCGGAAUGGUCAUGCCGGGACAAAGUCUGGUAACACUGACGGCGCAUGUAGAUAAGAGUAGUUCAAACAAGUAUUUUUUGAGUUACGGUGUAACUGGACAACCGCAGCUCACCCAGUCGGAUAUCAUUAACGAUAAUAAGGUUAGCGGAGAUAAGCGGAACGGAAACUAUACUCUCAUGACCCAGUCGAAUAGUGUAAGUAGUUGCGAAACGAUAGAUACGUGCACACUGUCGACGCAGUUGAGUGGCUUCGAGAAGGAUGGACAUCAUAUUACCAUGGAUGGCGAGAAUGAAAAUUCGGUGACGGUUGAUAUGGUAGGGAAGGGUGGUUCGUUUAGAUUUGCAUUGACCGGACAGACGUGGGCUGUGAUUAAGGAACACUUCCCGGAGGUUGUGCCUACUAUUUUAACAUUCGGGACCGUGUUUGCAAGAAUGUCUCCAGAUCAGAAACAACAUUUGAUAAGUGACCUUCAAAAUCUGGGAUAUUAUGUAGCGAUGUGCGGAGACGGAGCCAACGAUUGUGGAGCGUUGAAAGCUGCUCAUACCGGAAUUUCUUUAUCAGAUGCGGAAAGUUCGGUGGCGUCGCCAUUUACCUCAAAGAACCCCACGAUCGCUUGCGUACCGAAGGUUAUCAAGGAGGGACGUGCGGCCCUGGUUACUUCGUUUGGAAUCUUUAAAUAUAUGGCAGCCUAUUCUCUGGUUCAAUUUGCGUCCGUACUAAUCCUUUACUCGAUUGAUUCGAACCUUACGGAUUUCGAGUUCCUAUAUAUUGAUCUCUUCAUCAUAUCCGUGGUGGCAUUCUUCUUCGGGAAGACUUCAUCGUACGAUGGUCCACUGGUCAAGCAAGUUCCGUCGAACUCGUUGAUAUCGUUAAGCCCCCUGCUUUCGCUGGCACUACAUCUGAUAGUAGCGCUGGGAUUCCAGGUUGCUGGUUGGUAUCACAUUCAGACACAACCUUGGUUUACGCCAUUCAACUAUACCGAAGAGUUGGCCCUCAACGAUCUGGGUUGCUACGAAAAUUACGCGAUAUUCUGCAUCUCCUGUUACCAGUAUAUCAUUCUAGCUAUAGUCUUCUCCAAGGGAGCCCCGUAUCGCAGAUCGAUAUUUUCCAACUACGGUUUUCUGGCCAGUAUCAUAAUCAACACAAUCAUAUCCGUAAUACUGACGGUGUAUCCUCCGGUAUGGCUUAGUGACCUCUUUCAGCUAGUGAUACCCGAGGAAGACAUGAUUUUCCGAGCCUACCUGGUGGGAUAUGGAUUUGCCAACUUUCUGAUAGCGCUCUUCAUCGAAAAGUACAUCAUCGACAUUUUAGCGUUCAAAAAACUGCGCUACCGGUGGCACAACGUUGCCAAAUCCCGGCGCAAGUACUUAAUGAUCGAGCACAACUUCCGCAAUGAGGUUCAACAUCCGAGCGAUUUUAAAACCGUGCUCGGCUGGUCCAGCGAGAAGUACGAUUACUGACACCUCCUCCGACGAGUGGCGAAGCUGGUAGCGGCAAUCACUUUGGGCGAUGCUGACUGCCGUUGGCCAUUGAGGUACCCGAACCCAGGAGCAAUUCAUCGGUAGCGACCGCUACGGGCGGGAGGAUAGCAAACGCCGGAUCGCAUGCUUUGAUUCACGUGUUGUAACUGUGCACACAUCGCAAAAAGCAAACUGCCACCGUGUUCUAGGUUUUGAUUCUUUUGUACGUUGACUUUUUUUCGUCGUGUGUCCUUAGCAUUGUGUCAAUCAAUUAUUUGUGGAAUUUAGAAUUGUAAGUGCCAUAAUUGUAUUACAUUUUGGUUAAGAUCGAAAGACGAAGAUUUAGCAUGUAAUCAGCGACGAAGAACGCUUUUCCAGGGGAAAAUGUGGCUAGCGAGAAAGGAGAGGCGAUCACAAAUACAGGAAUAUUAACGCUGUGCAGAAUCAGAAUCAAAGAAUGACAAUAAUCAAAAUUUGUAUAAAAAUAAGAUGUUUUAAUCAAUGAUAGUGGGGCUAGAGUCAAGAUUGAAUAUGUUUCUGCAAGUUGUCUCUCGCUUCUGCACGUGAAUUUAUACGAGCUUCAUGAAGGUUGGGGGAUUUUUGAACAUAAGGACGAAUAUUUCAAAUGGCUCGAAUCAGCGAAAACUUAUUGAAAUUUUACACUCAAUUGUUUAAUUUAAAUGCUAUCGGAACCAGUUGCUUUUCUUUAAAAAUCUAUUUCAAUUUUUCUUAAAUGCAGCCUCACAAACUGUAUGGAACUUACCUCGUUUUGUCUGCAAUCGUCAUUCAAUUACGAAAUCGUGCAAUUGAUAGCCAUCUGAAAAUAUCAAGAAAAAACAAAAAGAUUAGAACAAAUGCCAAAGAAUAAAUAUGGGAAAUGAUUUGUAAAUUAUAUCAAUUUCUGACAUUUAGGAUAACAACAAUCAUCCAGCCUUCAGUUGCCCGAGUUUUCGCAAAUGUCUUUCCUUGUGUCUAAACGCUCACAACUAAGUAGCACCCCGAAGGAAUUCAAACAAAUGUCUUCAGCUGAAAGGAAUAUACGCCACACCAUAUAUGGAAAUAUUGCACUGUACACCUCUAGCAAAAUGCACGAUAUUAUUAGGCAUGAUAUUCCAACAUGUCCGCGCUACUUUUCUGUGCACAGAUCAAGCUUCCACACACACACAUUCUCACUUUCGUUAUUAAUAGGUAUAUAGUGAAAACAGCAGCAAAACAACCUUAAUUUGUGCUAUUUCAAUAGCAUUUUUAUGCACCCAGCCGAGAAGGUAGACCUCAAAUUAAGUAGCAUUUUGAUUUGAUAGCACAGUAACAUGCAUCUCAUGGAGCGCAUCUUAGGGUAGUUUUAUGUGACAGCUGUUGCGCGUCUCCAACUUUCUUAGAGUAUUGAAGAUCUCUGAAGUAAGGGAAACAUUAACUUAUGAAAACAAAAAAAACAUUUGUUGAAACAUUGGUGGUAUUGGUCAGCUGCUCGUUUUGUAGCAAACAGCCGUAGGUAAUAAGUUUAAAUUAACUUGCUUUGUACCGGGAAUUUACCGUGGAAGUGGUCUGUCACGUGGUGAUUGAUUACGAAACGGCAUACUUAAGCACUCUUGAGCAUUGGAUCGUUUAGAAUUAUAGGAGCAUUAGUACGUUCAGAGCAUAUUUAAAUACCAUCGCCGCUUUGAUGUUAUGAUUUUUUUAGCAUAUUUAUCUUAGUAGCUUGUUAAUAGAUACAAAUAGUGUACAGGAUUAUAUUGAAAACCAAAUUUAGGAUGAUUUUGAAUAGACGAAUGCAAUAAAACAGUUUGGCAACCUUUGGUUUUUCCCCUCAGAGUUAAGAUUACAUUUUUCUGUAGCAAUCACCCUCCACUUGACAAAUCUUGCAUCGCAAUCUAGACAGGUUUACAAUUGAGUUUACCUUUUGGUUUGGCGUUAUAUGCGUGGAAAUGGAAAAAAAUCAAUUUAGUAUACAAUCGAUAACUAAUUAGUCAAAUCGUACUUGAAGAGAAAGAUGUAUCUCUGCUGAAAUUGUAACAAAACUGUACAUAUAUCGGGAUAUAUUUUACAAGAAAUAAAGGUUAUCACUAUAUCACGAG